AUGAAUUUAUAUCUACACAGUCUAUUUCUAUCUAUCUAUCUAUCUAUCUAUCUAUUUAAGUCUGUUAAUAUCUAUCUAUUUCAGUCUAUUUCUAUAUCUCAGGCUAUUCAUAUCUAUCUCACAUGUUCAUAUCUAUCUAUCUAUCUAUCUAUCUAUCUAUCUCUCUCUCUCUCUCUCUCUCUCUAUAUAUAUAUAUAUAUAUAUAUAAUUAUAUGUAUAUAUGUAUAUAUAUAUAUAUAUAUAUAUAUAAUUCUGUUCAAAUAUAUCUUAUUUUUUCAUAUCAACCUAUCUGUUCUCUUCAUAUCUAUCUAUCUAUCUAUCUAUCUAUCUAUCUAUCUAUCUAUCUAUCUAUCUAUCUAUCUAUCUAUCUAUCUAUCUCAAUAUCGCGAUUUUUUGGACGUACCAAUAUCUAUCAAUCUCUCUAUCAAUUUAUCAAUCUAUCUAUCCCAUUCUUGUCUGUUCCUAUCUAUCUAUCUAUCUAUCUAUCUAUCUAUCUAUCUAUCUAUCUAUCUAUCUAUUCUCCCUCUCUAUCUCAUUCAGUUCAUAUCUAUCUCAUUCUGUUUAUACCAAUCUAUCUAUUCUCUUAUGCCAAUAUCUAUCUAUCUAUCUAUCUAUCUAUCUAUCUAUCUAUCUAUUGCAGUUAGUUCAUUAUCUAUCUAUUUAUCUACCUUAUAUACUCACUAUCUAUCUAUCUAUCUAUCUAUCUAUCUAUCUAUCUAUCUAUCUAUCUAUCUAUCUGUGUUCAUUAUCUAUCUAUCUAUCUAUCUAUCUAUCUAUCUAUCUAUCUAUCUAUCUAUCUAUGUCUUUUCAUUAUCUAUCUAUCUAUCUACCUUGUGUAUAACUAUCUAUCUAUCUAUGUUUAUAUCUAUCUGUGUAUCUAUCUAA